AUAAGCAGCGAGCGAUGUCGUAGAGGGUUUGCAGUGAAGCAGAGUCUGCAAUUAGAGACGCAUACACAGAUUUAAGGAUACAAUUCAAUACCGAGGCACAGACAUUAAUAGAUACACUUAAAUAUACAGGUACGGGCAUACGCACACAAUCCGAAAUGGAAAGUGGGAGGAAGCAAGUUAUCAACUUCGGAGCUGGUCCUGCCAAGCUCCCGCAGCCGGUCUUGCUCCAAGCACAAAAAGAACUGCUGGAUUACAAGGGACUUGGAAUUAGUGUUCUAGAAAUGAGCCACAGAUCUUCAGACUUCAUCAAAAUUGUCAACACAACAGAAAAUGAUCUGCGAGAACUACUGAAUAUUCCAGAAAACUACAAAGUAAUUUUUCUCCAGGGAGGUGGAACUGGUCAGUUCAGUGCUGUUCCUUUAAACCUUAUUGGUUUGAAAGAAGAGAGGUGUGCCGAUUAUGUGGUGACUGGAUCCUGGUCUGCUAAAGCAGCCAUUGAGGCAGCAAAAUAUGGAAAAGUGAAUAUUGUUCACCCCAAGCUUGAUGCUUACAUAACAAUUCCAAGUCCAAGUAGUUGGAAUUUGAAUCCAAAUGCUUCUUAUGUUUACUAUUGUGCCAAUGAGACGCUGCAUGGUGUGGAAUUUCCCUUUGUCCCAGACACAAAAGGAACUGUGCUGGUCUGUGACAUGUCAUCAUGUUUUCUUUCAAAGCCAGUAGAUGUCUCCAAGUUUGGUUUGAUUUUUGCUGGUGCUCAGAAGAACAUUGGUUGUGCUGGAGUGACAGUGGUAAUAAUCAGAGAGGAUCUGUUGGGUUUUGCACUAAAGGAAUGUCCAAUAGUGUUUGACUACAAAGUACAAGAGAGUAGCAAUUCUCUUUACAACACUCCGUCAACCUACAGCAUUUACAUUAUGGGCUUGGUCUUGCAAUGGAUUAAGAAAUGUGGUGGUGCUGAAGUGAUGGAACAAAACAGUAUUGUUAAGUCAAAGCUGAUUUACGAUGUAAUUGAUCGAUCCAAUGGAUUCUAUGUGAGUUUACCUGCUUCAAUCUACAGAAGCAGAAUGAAUAUUCCAUUCCACAUUGGAAAUGCUAAUGGGGACAGUAGUCUUGAAACGGAGUUUCUUGACAAAGCUGCUAAACGUAACAUGCUGUCAUUAAAAGGCCACAGGUCUGUUGGUGGAAUUCGUGCUUCCCUCUAUAACGCUGUGACAGUGGAAGAAGCUCAAAAACUGGCAGAGUUUAUGAUCGACUUUAUGAAGGAACAUCAUAUUUAAGAUAUUUCAGUUUUGGUUUUAAUGAUGCAUUGUAUUUCUACAACAGACUUCCAGGUUUUCAGGAAAUACUGGAAAAAUUCAGAUUUGGUGCCAUUGGCGAAAAAAGAAACUUUUUUUUUUGGUUUAGCAUUUCUGGUUGCACAACUAUAGAACUUGAAUACUGCUAAAAAGGUGCAUUUUUUUGUCAAAGCUUUUCUCCAUGCACACAAGCUAACUUACAAUAUUAUGAUUUUCCCUUAAAGUGGUAUUCUUGUAUGAGGAGAGUGCUGAUUGGAUAACUGGCAAGUGGCAGCUGAUUGAAAAAACAUUGCCAUGGAGAGUGCAUCAAUUGAUAGUUGGUUGGCCAUUAACUGCUAUGCUUUCUUUGAAUUUCAAACCAGACAAGUUGACUGAUAACAUUGCCCUGAGAAAUGAACCUUGAAUGACUGUCAACUCAGCAAAAUAGCUGAUAGUCAUUCACUGGAUCAUUUUCUCAGGGCAUUGUCUUGAUCAAUCAGUCACUCUGCCUGGUUUGAAGUUUUAAACUAAGGUUGGUGGUUGACGGUCAACCAACUAUUAAUUGGUGCACUUUCUCUCUCAACACUCCUACCAAUUAUCCAUUUUCUCUCAUGCUGUGUAAGUAUUGGUUUUCCUCUUAAUUCGGUAUUCUUGCAAAUUGUCCUGGUGAAUGCAAGAUGAAAAGCUUUGACACUGUCUUUUUUACAGAAACAUUCAAUUUUAAGCUAAUAACACUUUUGAUGUUGGUUUAUUGACCUUUAAACCUUGGUGCUCUGCAGAACAUUUCCAGCAUCUUUAACUUGUUGCUUUUACUGUAACUUCUGUGUCAUGGUGAAAUACAUCCAAGAUUCUUUAAUAUAGCAUGAUUUAAAAAAAAAAAUUAGCUUCCUUUCCGAAUAACCAGAACAAUCCAUUCAGUUUAUCACUGUGUCUUGGAAAUAAACCACGAGUUAGUGAAGGAACCAUCACUGAAUUAGCCAAGAGCCAAACUCAUUACAGAGCUUUUUUUUCUAUUAUCUAUCCCUUCGAUCCAGACUGUCCCAAGUAGAGUUAACCUUCUAGGCGACUGAAUUGUGGCAAUGGAACUCUGCAGGUAAAACUGUGGUUGCACAAUUUGUAAGUAAAAUAAAACAUGAAAACUGUG